CUGAAACACGCCAGCGGUGCUGCACAGGCACAAGACCCCAUCAUAAUGUUGAAAAAUCAGCGAGCACCAGAUAAAUCAUCCUCAACAACAGAAAACCUGUAUUGUAUUUGCUUCAACAAUACUUCAUGAUCACAUAUCAAGAUCCGAAAUCAAACAAAAUACCCGUGCAGUAUACUCUGUUACCAAUAACCAAGACAUGCCAAGCAUAUAAGCUAACUCAUUCAUGUUUGGCACGCAAACCUAAAGCAGAUAAAGCAACACUCUCUUAUGGAGGUUAGCAGAUGGGAUUCUUGCUGUCGGCUGCUCUGUUCAUCGUGACAUUGCUGCUGCCUCUCUGAUAUAUAUACAGGGAGAACCCCAAGGCUUAAGCACCAACGAACUGCAGGUCGUCUUGCCUACCAUUCUCGUCAAUUUCUAUACAGAAGAAAACAGCACCACAGCUUCAAUCUCCAACCAUGGCUUACCAUCUACGAUCGGCAAGCACGCCUUCGAGGCCUCGCUCAAACAAAACUGAAGUCGAGCAGCAGCUCCAGAGCCUGAGCACAACCAUCUCUUCGCCCUCGGCGACCAUUGAUACGAUGUGUGAUGGCUUGAGGAGGCUCGGUGACAUCUACAGCUGCAUCGAGAAGAUGAUGUGCACACCAAGCAGCCAAGUCAGCCUUUGCGAGACCCUUCAAAGGGCGGCAGUGGAGGCGGAGCUUGGACGGUCCCUCGUCGUGCUCGAUCUCUGCAACGGCAUGCGGGAUAGCUUCAUGGAAUUGAAGUUGACUGUCCAAGAGCUACUGUUGGCUCUCAGGAGAGGAGAAGGUGUGUCUUCUCAAGUCAAGGCAUAUGUCCGGCUAGUAAACAAGGUGCAAAAACAGUUCAAGAAGAUCAGCAAGGAAACUACUUCCGACAAGAACGGCUCUAGGGUGGUGAUGCUAAUGGCAGAAGCAAGAGAGAUCACCAUGUCACUGCUCGAAUCCACGUCCUCAAUCUUGUCGAAGCAAGUUGAGAUGCCCAAGUGGUCUCUUGCCUCCAAAACAUUCCACAGGACCAAAGUUGUGUGCCAAGAGGAGCAAUUGCAGGCACUGGAGCACAGUAUUGGAGAUCUUGAGAGUGGAGUGGAACUUCUCUACAGGAGAUUGAUCCAAAACAGAGUCUCUCUUCUGAAUAUUCUUAGCUCAUAUAUACCCUGAGCUCUAGUUCACUGCGGUUGGC